AUGCGGUUGAUAGCUGCGGGCCGAGCCCUAGGCUCAAGCAGUAGGUGGUCCGUUGCUACAGCCCGUCUGCGAGCCCCAAUUCCGCAAGCCCAGCCCAUGCUGUCUGCCACGGCUCUUUCUCGGAGAUGGAAUUCAACCGCAACUCCCCAAAAGUCCCAGCAUCCAAAGUCAAGAUACAACCCUAAAGGCCGAGGCAUCCAGCCGAAUCAGCCUCCAAAAGAAAUCAAGAUCCAAGACCGAUCCUAUCCAGCGGACAAUUGGACAAACAUCACCGACACCAUCCAAUCGCACGUUGGACGACACCUCUACCUCGACGAAAACCACCCUUUGGCUAUCACACGAAAACUUAUUGAGAGCCAGUUCGCCGGCCCCGUCUUCGGCAACUACUUCGAGAAAGACCCAGUCGUAUCUACCUUCCAAAAUUUUGACGUCCUAGGCUUCCCGGCCGACCAUCCUGGCCGCAGUCGCACUGACACAUACUACGCCAACCACAACACCGUCCUACGCACACAUACCAGCGCGCACCAGCAGAAAUACUUCCGCCGGAUUAAUGCCAAUGAGAAGGAGCGCCCGGAGGAGGUCGGGUAUACCGUGAUUGCCGACGUGUACCGCCGCGAUGCAAUCGACCGAAGCCACUACCCGGUUUUCCACCAGAUGGAAGGUGCUAGGCUCUGGAAGCGACCGGAGAACGAUGCGCUCUCGCACUCCGCAGAGACGGCAGCCAAGAUUAACGCAGAUGUAGACCUGAUUCCGCGCCACGAUGUCGUGGUCGAGGACCCCAACCCGACGAUCAACGAGAAUAAUCCGCUCCAGGCGGAAUACCACUCGGCCGAGGAGGUCGAGGCGAUCGCGACGCAUCUCAAACGGUCCCUCGAACGGAUGGUUAUUAAGAUCUUCACCGAAGGAAGCAAGGCUGCUGCUGCCAGCUCGGGGCCUGAGCCUCUGAAGGUGCGCUGGGUUGAAGCCUACUUCCCUUUCACCAGCCCAUCGUGGGAACUCGAGGUCUUCUGGCAGGGUGAGUGGCUUGAGAUUCUCGGAUGUGGAGUUAUCAAGCAGGAGCUGCUGAACAACUCUGAUGUUCCCAAUCGCGUGGGCUGGGCGUUUGGGCUGGGUAUUGAGCGGAUUGCGAUGCUGCUGUUCAAUAUCCCUGAUAUCCGGCUAUUCUGGUCUCGCGACGAGCGUUUCUUGUCUCAAUUCCGGGCGGGUGAGAUCACUCGUUUUACGCCUUUCUCGAAGCAUCCUGCUUGUUACAAGGAUGUGUCGUUCUGGCUGCCUAGAGAGGAUGUGUACGAAGCGGCUGCUAAAUACGGUCGUCCCGUGCCGAACUUCCAUGAGAACGAUGUGAUGGAGGUUGUUCGGGGAGUUGGUGGUGACUUGAUCGAGAACGUUUCUCUGAUUGAUGAUUUCGUUCACCCUAAGGAGAAGCGAAGAAGUCUGUGCUAUCGCAUUCAAUACCGUAGUUUGGAACGGACCCUGAUCAACGAGGAGAUCAACGAGUUGCAUGACAAUAUUGGCUCCAAGUUGAUUUCUACCCUGGGAGUGCAGCUGCGACGGUGA